ACAGGAAGAGGGGUCAUGGACGCAAAAAGCCCCGUGGGUUUUCAGAGUUUUCUCCCCCCAACGGUGCUAGAAACUCUCUCUUCCGUCUCCCCCAUGGCAUACGCCGCAUAUUGGAUGACGCUCAAAGGUGAGGGAUCGCUCCCAGGAGUUGAUCGUCAGACUUCUACAAGUCACACCUCACACAAAACAGCCUCUGGUUCUCAGUCUCAGACCAAACCGGCCACCGCAAUCCCAGCAGCACAGGUUGCUGUGAAGCCUGCGCAGUAUGAGAAUGCCCCUGCCUCCACCCCGAAGCCUACGGGCACCCAGGCGGGCACAAAGGCAGCAGGUGGCGCGACUGUUAUGGCCCCUGCCUCAGGAGGAGCCAGUGCAGCAGGUGGCGCUACCACGCACAAAGGCUCACCCAAAUCCACCACAGAGACCAGCACUCCCGCCAAAGUAGCCCCCAGCCCCACAGCGACCACAAAAUCCAAGACGACCCCAGCUCAAGAGACUCUCAAGAGGACACCCAUCACUUCGAGCACGUCCCAGUCAGCUAAGGCAGAUGCCUCUGCAGCAGCCAAGCCUGCUGCUAAGGGUGGUGUGUCUGCGGACACUAAGGGUGCCAAGCCAUCAGACACUAAGGUACAGAGGGAGGUAGGCCCUCCGAAAGCCCACGCCAGUGCUCCGGCUGUUGAUAUUGAUCCCUUAGAUGCCCUGGCCGGCACGUUGCCCUCAGAGUCUUUGGGGCCCACAGCUCCCGUAUAUACAGGGCCAGAAGUCAAAGAGCCUGGAAUGACAUCAGAGAAGGGUGUAUUAUGUGGGGAGAGAGAUGACACACUUCCACCUGGCUACAGAAAGGAGGACCUGGAGAAGAGGGCCCCAGCUGCCAAACCAGACGUGAAGCCCAAGGAGGUGACGAAACCUCUGAGCACAGAUGAGGCGUUGGAUUCACUGUCUGCAGGCUUCAUGCACUCUGCUCCCCCAGCCCCACAGAAGAAGAAGGAGACAAAAGUCGAGGAUUUAGCAGCCAUUGAUGCCUUGUCAGCUGGCUUCUCAAACUUUGCACCACCACCUCCUGCUUCCACAAAGUCCCCUGCACCUCCUGCUGAUAAGAAGGCUAAAAAGGAGAAGACUGGUGGUGAUUUCUCCCUGAUGGGAGCACUGAGCUCUCCACCUCCCGAUGCUAAACCAAAGACUGAUGAGGCCGGCUCCAUGUCUCUGGAUGCCCUCAGUGCUCUAGGAGACACUCUGGCUGCAGCGGAGCCCGUACCAGAGCCCCCCAAACUCAGACCCGAGGACAUCGUUUCGGAGGCCAAGCUGAAGUCUGAGAAGGGUGUGAGAGUAGGUGAGAGAGAAGACUCCCUCCCCCCUGAGUAUCGCUUUAAAGAGAAGGACCUCAAAAAAUACCCAGCCCCUAAACCCGAGCCCUCCAUGGACCCGACUGCAGCCCUGGACAUCCUGUCUGGUGACUUCACGUCCUCCAGUGCUGCCCCUGCUGUCCACGCCCCCGUCAUCACUCCCUCUGCACCCCCACAACCGGCUAAAGUAGACGACUUCUCUUUGGAUGCCCUGGCAGAAGACUUUGCAGCUCCCGCCGUUGCCCCUGCACCACAAAUGAUCGCUUGUGACUUUGGACUGGUCGCUCCUGCUGUAGCUCCUGCCAAGAUCUCUGCCCCAGCCCCUCCUCCUCCUGCCACCAAGGCCCCAGCAGUGCCUGCCUUUGAUGAGGGCGGCUCCAUGUCUCUGGAUGCCCUCAGUGCUCUAGGAGACACUCUGGCUGCAGCGGAGCCCGUACCAGAGCCCCCCAAACUCAGACCCGAGGACAUCGUUUCGGAGGCCAAGCUGAAGUCUGAGAAGGGUGUGAGAGUAGGUGAGAGAGAAGACUCCCGACCCCCUGAGUAUCGCUUUAAAGAGAAGGACCUCAAAAAAUACCCAGCCCCUAAACCCGAGCCCUCCAUGGACCCGACUGCAGCCCUGGACAUCCUGUCUGGUGACUUCACGUCCUCCAGUGCUGCCCCUGCUGUCCACGCCCCCGUCAUCACCCCCUCUGCACCCCCACAACCGGCUAAAGUAGACGACUUCUCUUUGGAUGCCCUGGCAGAAGACUUUGCAGCUCCCGCCGUUGCCCCUCCACCACGAAUGAUUGCAUGUGACUUUGGACUGGUCGCCCCUGCUGUAGCACCUGCAGCCGUUCAGUCCUCAGUGUGUUCAGCAGCUGAAAGACAGUUGUCAUCGGGGACGUGCGAUGCCCUUGAUGCUCUCUCAGACACAUUAAUGGACACAACCCCAGUUCCCCAGCCCGCCCCUGUCCCAGUCAAAAACAUCGUCAAGGAGAAGACCAUCGAGGCGGAGAGACUCAUCAAGAUGGGAGAGAGAGAUGACAGCCUGCCCCCUGAGUUUAGGCCAAGCGAGGAGGACCUGAAGGCACUACCACAAGUUCAGCCAGACGUCAGACCCAAACAGAAGUCCAUGGAUGACUCCACGGCUCUUGACCUCCUGUCCAGUGAUUUCUCCACCUGUCCUGUUGCACCUGCACCUCCUGCUGCUGUCUUCACAGUCCCUGUGGAGGCUCCUGCUGCGCCAGCUCCAGCUCCAGUGCUAGAUGCUCUGGCAGACACUCUGAUCCCAAAGGCGGUCACAGAGGUCAAACCCAAAGAGCAGAAGCCAAAGGUCAGCCAGGAGGGCACACACACCACAUCUGAGUCAAAGAGUGGAAAAUCAAAGUCCAAAUCAAAGAAACCAGCAACAGAAGACUCGUCGGCUCUAGAUAUGUUAUCUGACCAGCUGACCUCUGACGUAGUGCCCACAAAGAAGGGAGGCAAGAGUUAGAGAGAUAAGGAUACCAGUGCACCGCCUCCCCCUGCCAUAAUAAGUCGCAUAUUAAGUCAACUGAGCUGCUCAGAAUCAUCAGCGUUUUUCAAACAGGAUUCUUGACACAAGAUGAAACACAUGUACACGCACACGCC